AUGGCACUGUCCAAUAAAGCCGCCUACGUUCUCAGCCCCAACGGGCCUACCAUCGAGGUCAAAUCAGCACCGGUUCCACAACCUGGGCCAGGCGAACUACUUGUUAGAACCCAAGCUGUCGCUAUCAACCCAGUCGAUGCAGUCAAACAGUCAAUGGGCAACAUGAUGUUUGAGUGGCUCACAUACCCCCUUAUUCUUGGCUAUGAUGUCGCUGGCCAAGUUGUCAAAAUGGGGCCGGGAGUCACGCGGUUUGCCGAGGGUGAUAGAAUUGUCGGCGUGACAGCAGGCAUGGAUAAACGGGGGAGAAGACCAGACGAGGGUGCCUUUCAAGAGCUUGUCGUGAUCAGGCAGCAUUUGGCUGUGAAGAUCCCCGAGGGAAUGACCAGCGCUGAUGCAAGUGUCCUCCCUCUCACCACGGUGACUGCUGCAUGCGCCCUAUUCCAGAAGGACCAGUUGGCUUUGCAAAUGCCUAGCAUCAAGACAACCCGCACGUCAACUGGGGAGACCAUCGUGGUAUGGGGAGCGAGCACGAAUGUUGGGAGAAAUGCCGUACAACUUGCGGUUGCAGCUGGCUACGAUGUUAUUGCUACAGCUUCCCCCAAGAAUUGGGAUGCCAUUCGAAGCCUUGGUGCAUUCGCCGUUUACGACUAUCGAAGCCCCUCGGCUGUAGCUGAUGUUGCAUCCGCAUUCAAGAACAGAAAAUGCGCGGGUGCUGUAGCCAUUGGACAUGGCUCGCAAGCCAAGUGCAUCGAUAUUAUCAAGAUGAUUCCUGGCGCCACCCAAAUAGUGGCACAAGUAACAAUCGACAUGCCUGAAUCACCCCCGACAACCAAGGCCUCUAUGCUACCUUUUGUUGCCAAGUACUUCUGGUUAGUAGGCACAAAUAAGCUCAAGGUCUUGAGAAGCGGAGUGCGUAGUAAGUUUGUGUUUGGAACGGAUAUUAUCGAGUGGGAUAGUGAGGGUAGACUGGCUGUAUAUCUCAGCGAGGCUCUACAGCUGGGAGAGUAUAAGCUGAGUUCGGAAGCUCACAUUGUUGGAACUGGGUUGGAAAAGAUUGCUGAGGGUCUUGACAUGGUACGAGAGGGAUCGGCUGCUGUGUCUGGGAAGAAACUGGUUGUAAGACUGGAGUGA